AUGGCGCCAUCGCCCAGGACCGGCAGCCGGCAAGAUGCGACCGCCCUGCCCAGCAUGUCCUCAACUUUUUGGGCGUUCAUGAUCCUGGCCAGCCUGCUCAUCGCCUACUGCAGUCAGCUGGCCGCGGGCACCUGUGAGAUCGUGACCCUGGACCGGGACAGCAGCCAGCCCCGGAGGACGAUCGCGCGGCAGACGGCGCGCUGCGCCUGCCGGAAGGGGCAGAUCGCGGGCACCACGCGAGCCAGGCCCGCCUGCGUGGACGCACGGAUCAUCAAGACGAAGCAGUGGUGUGACAUGUUCCCCUGCCUGGAGGGGGAGGGCUGCGACCUGCUCAUCAACCGGUCCGGCUGGACGUGCACACAGCCCGGGGGGCGGAUAAAGACCACCACGGUAUCCUGACGAACGCAGCCCCGCGGGGCUCGCAGGCGUGGGCUCAGCUCCCUGGAGAGUCCGCCUCAGCCACGGUCCUCCAUCCUCCACGGACUCCGCCCGUUCUCCACGGUCUGCCUGCCGUCUCCCCGUGGCCGGUCUGGGACAGCCCGCCUCCACCCUCCGCAUCCUGAACUCCCGUCUGCGGAUCCCCGGAGGCCGGGACUCGAACACACAGGUGGGGGGGCGGCGCCGGGCGUCAGCAAUACACGGCCCGUGGAGCCCGGCCGUGCCCGCCGGCGCCCAGCGGCCAGGCCCUCGUGGAGCAGGAGGCCCGGAGGCCGCGCCCCGGCCGGCGGGCGGGUGGAGCCAGCCCCCGCCCGGGCCGAGAAGCCUCUCCCCGCACCCGGACUGUCCGAAUUGCUUUUAUUUUCUUAACUCUCAGCAUACUCAAUAGACCAAAGAGCAGAAUCUAUUUUAACGUGGACGCCCUUCCCGUCCGGGUCCCGGGGUCACUGUGGGGCGGGGGAGGGCAUGGCGGCGGCGCUGACCCGCGGGUGACGGCCGUGGCGGCGUGGCGUGGAGGCCCCGCCCCCCCCCCCACCGCGGCGCGCGCCGGGAGGAUGACACAGGCCGGACAGACGCCGCGGCGCCCGCGGGACCCGGCCUGGCGUGGACCCGGCCUGGCGUGGACCCGGCCUGGCGUGGCCCGCGCCGGCGCCCCGGACGCCCGCGGACCCUCGGCUCCUCCGCGCACGCGUAGACCGACUUUCUCAUACUAAAUCACUUUCUGUUUUAACCAGUUAGACGCGCCUCCCCCGCAGCUCCGUUUUUGAUAGUUGGAUAAUCCAGUCCUCGCCAAGAGCAUGUUGGGUUUCCCCUGACUGUCAUCCGAUCCACCAUUUAGCUCCAGAAAGCAAAUUAAAGAAAACUGAAGUAACACUGUUUGAAAGAGAUCAUUAAAUGUAUUUUGCAAAGCCUAAA